AUUGUCGCUCGCUGUUGUACUUCCGUUUAUUACAGCCCACUGUUUCCUAAAGUAUGUUUACCGUCGUUUGCUCACUUUAAUGAGCCCUCAAUGCAGAGUUUAGUUUUUUAAUUAAACACAGGACAACAGCGACACUUCCAGUGUUGUGAGUUUUAGUUGCAGGGACAAUGUCUCGCUGCGUUGCGUUACAGACGCAUCUGGCGUCCGUGGUGGAGGCGUUAGUUCACGCCGCGAUCGCUGAAAUGUGCAAACUUAUGCAAGAGGAGACGCUGUCAUUUUUGAGCGGUGAUGUUUCUAGAGAUCACUGUGAAAGCGAGGCCGUUGAGUCAAGAAUGAAGAUGGAAAAGGAGGAGAGAAUGCAGUUUGCAUCUGUCAUGGAGGUGCUGGGUAACGAGGCUCUUGGGAAAAUAAUCAAACUCGUUGAUGAAACCAAAUUUCUGUUGGAUCUGGAGUGCAAAACAUUUUCAGGCAAGAGGGCAAAGCGGCCUGGCAGCAUCUUGAAUAUUCUGUCUGUUGGAGGACUUGAAGAGGAACAUUCUUACGAUGGAAGUGCGAGAAGCCUGGAAACAAGAACAAGAAAUGAGUCUGAUGAGGCUGUAGAAGAGCGUCCAGAAUCCCCACUGACGUUGGCUGUGACGAUCAAAAAUGAAUUUGGAAAAGUUGACUUGAAGUCCAUCACUACUGGUCACUUAAACGCUUCGUCAGAAGACAGAGUAGCAUCUGUUUUGCCAAAAGACAUCAGUGAAGAUCCUCAAGAUUCUGUUACGCUCUUUGGAAAGAGAUCCUUUAUUUGUUCAGAGUGCGGCAAGAGUUUCUCUUCUCAAAGCAACCUCAAAUCACAUCAGCGUGUUCACACUGGAGAAAAGCCUUUCGGCUGUGUUCUCUGUGGCAAGGCUUUCGCUCACAAACAAAGUUUGUCUGACCACCACCGUGUCCACUCAGGAGAAAAGCCAUUUGUUUGUAAAGUCUGCGGCAAAUGCUUCGGGAAAGCAGCACACCUCAAAACCCACGAAAUAAUCCACACCGGCGAAAAACCGUUCGGCUGCAACGUUUGCGGAAAAAGAUUCAACAUUGCUCAAAACCUUGUCAGGCACCAACUCACCCACACCGGCGAAAAGGAUUUUCGAUGUUCAAUAUGUCAGAAAAGUUUCACACGGGCCGUAACACUAAAAACGCAUCAACUUAUCCACACAGGUCAGAAACCGUACUCCUGCGUGUCUUGCGGGAAGGCGUUUCGGCACGCCGUCAAUCUUAAAAACCAUGAGCGCAUCCACACGGACCAGCGGCCUUUUAGUUGUGACCUAUGUGGAAAGACCUUCAGGCAGGCUGUGAAUCUGAAAAUUCACAAACGGAUCCACACGGGUGAAAAACCUUUCAGCUGCAAGGAGUGUGGGAAGAGCUUUAGUCAGCAGAGUAGCCUCAUUUCACACGGCCGCACUCACUCUGGAGAAAAACCCUUUGGCUGCAAUUACUGCGAUAAGUGGUUUAACAAUACAAACAGUCUAAAGUUGCACCAGAGGGUCCAUACUGGUGAGAGGCCGUACAAUUGUGAGUAUUGUGGCAAGUGUUUCAGUCAAGGUAGUCACCUACGUACUCACAAACGCCACGUUCAUGGAGGGGGGAAGCAGUACAUCUGCGAUAAAUGCGGAAAGAGGUAUGCAGAUCCCCGCAAUCUGAAAUUGCACAAAUGCGUUUAUGCAUAAAUGUGGUGUUGUAGAUGAUCACAAAAUGAAAAUUUGCAAAAAAUUGACUCACCCUCAGGCCAUCCAAGAUGAAGAUGAGUUUGUUUCAGAACAGAUUUGGAGAAAUUAGAUCACUCACUAAUGGAUCCUCUGCAGUGAAUGGGUGCCGUCAGAAUCACAACAACCCGCAAGUAAUCCUUCAAAAAACUUAAGUCCAUCAAUUGCCGUUUUGUGAAGAAACAAACUUAUCUACAUCUUGGAUGGCCUCAGGGAUAGUAAAUUUUCAUUUUUGUGUGAGCUGUUCCUUUAAUUAUUCUGAGUUGUGAAAUUUACAUAUUUAUUGGCAAUAAUGUGGAUUGUCAAGUGGCCCCAAAGGAUGAAUCUCAAUUGAUGUGACAGUUGUAUUUUACUUCACAAAAUAUCAUAGUUUAGAUCAUGGGUUAUAUCAUAGAACAUUUUUGAAUUCGAUUUUAGGACUCUUCUGUUUUGUAAAAGGUACUAGUUAUCACAAAUAGCGAUUUAUUUUGAAUGAUGCCAUUAUAUAUUUUGUACAUUUCUUUAUUAGCGUGGAUCCUAAUUGAAGAAGCUCAUUGUAUGCCUUCAUAUUUAUGUUUGAUAAGUUUAAUAUAAUACAAGAUAUUAACAGAAAAAUAUUAGCAGAGAGAGUUGGUUUGAUAUCUAAAAUUCUGAUUGUCUUUGAGACUGAUAUUGAAGACGGUAAUGUCAAAAUAUCCUAAUGUUAAUAAUAUUUAUUUUAUAAUUAUAUUAUUUACAGCCCCAGAGGAGCAAGAUGUAUAAACAUACAUAUUAACAAAUAGAUGGCAUUGCUAUAGUCAGAUAUUUAAUUUUUCUUGACCGGUUUUCUGUCAAAACAUUUAUAUUUGAUUCAUGAAAAUGUUGCCAAAUACAGUUUUCAAUAAAGCAUUGUUCAU